AUGGAUGUUGACAUUAAUGACCUGAUUUUGCGAUUAUUGAGCGUCGGUAAUCCGGAAAAAGGCAUGACAAAAACGGUCAAACUAAACGAACUCAUGACACUUUGCCUUCUUCUAACAGAAAUUUUGACUGUAGUCAAAACACGGGAAAUCUUCAAAGCGCAGUCGCCGUUGAUCGAAAUCGAUCCACCAGUUCGUAUAUGCGGUGACACACACGGACAGUAUGGCGAUCUGUUACGACUGUUUGAUCGUGGUGGCUUUCCACCAACAGCUAACUAUUUGUUUCUCGGUGAUUACGUGGAUCGAGAAUUUUGCAUUCAGGUGAAAUACCCAAAUAAUUUUUUCAUGCUUCGUGGAAACCACGAAUGUGCCACUGUUAAUAGAGUAUAUGGCUUUUACGAAGAGUGCUUUCGGCGUUACGCGUCCCCUCAG